AGAAUAGGGAUCAAGGAAAACCAGAUCAUCUUCUCAGGUUACAGAAUAAUCAAAUUCAAGAUUUAAGAAAUUCAGUAAUUGAAAAAGCAGUAUGCUUAUGCUUAUUAGUAAUAGUAAUACCACAAUCUCUGUCAAUUCUACUUUCGCUUCAACCUGUAGCAGUUAUCAACAAAACAUCUUCUCUCUCUCCUCCCCUUCCAACAUUUCAUUCCCUCCUUCCCCUCUCUGCUUCUCUUCUCUCUGUGCCUCUGGUUCGGUUGCAGCCAUGGACAAUGGUGCUGGUCCAAGUUUGUUUCCGUUGCACCGCUGCAAAACCAUUCACCUGGUGAGGCAUGCACAGGGAAUCCACAAUGUGGAGGGAGAUAAGAACUACAAAGCCUACAUGUCUCCUGAAUAUUUUGAUGCACACCUCACUCCAUUGGGCUGGCAGCAGGUCCAUAAUUUGCGUAAGCAUGUCCAUGCAAGUGGGCUCUCCAAGAGGAUUGAAUUAGUCAUUACAUCUCCACUAAUAAGGACAUUGCAAACAGCUGUUGGAGUCUUUGGAGGUGAGGGCUACACAGACAGGAUGGAUGUGUUGCCCCUAAUGGUUGCAAAUGCAGGAAAUAGUGGCCUUGCUGCAAUAUCAAGCCUAAACUGCCCUCCAAUCAUUGCUUCAGAGCUGUGUAGAGAACAUUUGGGAGUCCAUCCAUGUGAUAGAAGAAGAAAUAUCAGUGAAUAUCAGUUUCUUUUUCCUGCAAUUGAUUUCUCACUGAUAGAAAGUGAUGAGGACACAAUGUGGAUGGCAAAUGUUAGAGAGACAAACGAAGAACUUGCAGCUAGGGGAUUGAAGUUUAUGAAUUGGUUAUGGACAAGAAAAGAGAAGGAGAUAGCAGUUGUUACUCACAGUGGAUUCUUGUUCCACACGUUAAAUGCAUUUGGAAAUGACUGUCAUCCAGUUGUGAAGAAAGAAAUAUGCAAACAUUUCGCAAAUUGUGAGCUGCGGUCAAUGAUCAUUGUCGAUAGAAGCAUGAUGGGGUCAGAUCCCUCGACAACUAAUUAUCCUGGAAAGAUCCCUGCUGAGCUUGAUCUUCCCAGUGAUGUUGCAGACAAGAAGCUCCAUGAGGAGGGAGAGUCCAAUACAAAUUUUACCGUCUGACUUAGAACAUUAUAAUAUUCAUCAUUUAGUGUGGGAAGGUGGGGAUUUCUGCUUGCAGUAUUUAUCCUGGGAUUUCUACCCAUUCUAAGAUCUAUGAUUCAUAUUUGCAUACCAUGUUGUAUUGUGAUAUUCAGUGACUAAAGCACCAUCCUAUUUUUUAUAGCAAGCUAGGUGCAUUUUGAUGUGUACAAACAAUGAUAUAGAAAUUGUUUGGAGUUGAAACAAAGUGGAAAACGUUGCAGAAUUGUAUUGGACACUCACAACAGAGUAUCCUGUCCAUCUUCAGGUUCCAUCUGCAAAUUUAUCCAAGAGGUAUUCUUA